GAGUAGGCGGGAGGUUUUCCCUUCAGCGUCCCCUCAAAUAAAACCGACGGGUCUGAUGGGAAUGGUCAUCUGAGCAUGGAACCGACAUGGCGGAGGUCAGUGGCUGGUUUCCUCCUGCUUCUUCCUCUCCUGCUCGUGGCGGAGGGCGCCGGCAAAGAGCGAGUCUACUACAUCGGGAUCGUUGAGGAUUUGUGGGACUACGCACCGAGCGGCCGAAACCUCAUCACCGGGGCACAAGUGGCCAACGAUGAAUAUGCAUCUGUAUUCUUGGAGCAAGGGCCCCAUCGUAUCGGAAAGGUUUAUAAGAAGGCCAUGUUCCGACAGUACACAGAUGCCACAUUUAGCCGCCAGGCUCCCCGACCCGACUGGCUGGGCUUCCUGGGGCCACUGCUCCGGGCCGAGGUCGAGGAUGUCAUAAUAGUCCACAUGAAGAACUUUGCCUCCAGGAGCUACUCGGUGCAUCCUCACGGAGUCUUCUAUGAAAAGGAUGCUGAGGGUGCGCUUUAUCCAGAUGGGACGUCCCCCAAGCUGAAGCAGGAUGACGCCGUCCCACCAGGGGGAACGUACACUUACCGCUGGGAGGUCAAGCCAGAGUUCACCCCCACAGAGGGAGACGCCGACUGUCUGACCUGGAUCUACCACUCCCACGUGGAAGCCCCUCGGGACAUCUCUUCUGGGCUCAUAGGGCCCCUGCUCACCUGCAAAAAAGGUACGCUGAAUGACACAGUCCGGCACGAGAACAAGCGAGACCCUCUGCUACAGCUGGAGCGUCUAGAUGUGGACCAGGAUAUCGCUCUGCUGUUCAGUGUGGUGAAUGAAGCUAUGAGCUGGUACAUGGAGGACAACAUCAACACCUUCUGCUCAGAUCCAGCCGGAGUCAACCGAGAGGACCCUGAUUUUGUGGAGUCAAACCUGAUGCAUGCCAUUAAUGGAUACGUGUUUGGCAACCUGCCUGGAAUCGAGCUAUGUCAGCACCGCCCGGUGGCCUGGCAUUUGUUCGGCAUGGGCAGCGAGGUGGACGUCCACUCGGCCUACUUCCAUGGGAACACACUGUUAGACCGCGGCCACCGCACCGACGUCCUCAGCCUCUUCCCAGCAACGUUCGCCACAGCCGAGAUGAUUCCCGCAGCGGCUGGAAAGUGGCUGCUGUCCUGCCAGGUUAACGACCACCUACACGCUGGGAUGCAGGCCCUGUAUGAAGUGAAGAGCUGUGGCGGUGAGGCCAGCCCCCCCUCAGUAAAAGGGGGAGUAGUCAGGCAUUUCUACCUGGCAGCUGAGGAGGUCCAGUGGGACUACGCUCCAUCAGGGAAGGAUCUAAUCAACGACCGAUAUCUUAAUGAGAGCCACAGUGCUUCACAGGUGUUUUUCGGCAGAAGUGGGGGGAGGCUCGGGGGGAGGUACAAGAAAGUGGUAUUUCGGGCCUACACAGACAACACCUUCAAAACCAGAGAACCACAAACACCCAAAUCACAACACCUAGGACUCCUGGGACCUGUUCUGAGGGGAGAGGAAGGAGACACUCUCCUGGUAACCUUCAUGAACAAGGCCGGGAGGAACUACAGUAUCCAGCCUCAUGGACUGCACUACGACAAACACUUCCAGGGAACCAGCUACGAGGACGGCGUUCGCAAUCCUGGUGCCCACGUGGCUCCCGGGGAGACCUUCAUCUACAACUGGACGGUGCAGGAGGGACCUUCUCCGUCCGACUCAGCUUGCAUCCCUUAUCUGUAUUACUCCGCCAGCGAACCGGCCGGGGACACCAACUCAGGACUAGUAGGACCUCUGCUGGUCUGCAAAAGAGGAGCACUGGGGGAGGAAGGCGCAAAGGAUGGCGCGAACAAAGAGAUGUUCCUCCUCUUCUCUGUCAUGGAUGAGAAUGAAAGCUGGUAUCUGGAGGACAACAUCAGGAUGUACGGCAGCAACGACACAAAGCCAGAGGAUGAACACUUUGUGGAGAGCAACAAGAUGCAUGCGGUGAAUGGGUUCAUGUAUGGGAACCUCCCUGGGUUGGAUUUGUGUGCCGGGGACAACGUUUCAUGGUACACCUUUGGCCUGGGUACGGAGGUGGACGUCCACGGUGUUUACGUCGAGGGCAACACCUUUCAGAGGCAGAACACAACCCGCGACACUGUCAGCCUGUUUCCUCACACGACAGCUGCCUUCACCAUGCAGCCCACCUCCACCGGUGUGUUUGAAGUAAGCUGCGGGACGACAGACCACUUCUCAGCUGGAAUGAGAGCGCAGUACACGGUGAAGGACUGCUCGGGACAUAAUGUCCCAAAAACGCACAAAGAACCAACAAAGGUUGUUCGGUAUUUUAUCAGCGCUGAAGAGGUAGAAUGGGACUACUCCCCUGACAGAGCCUGGGAACUGGAGAAUUACAAUACCACAGCAGACAACAGCCCAGGUAGUAUAUUUGUGGAGGGAGGGGAGAACAGAAUUGGCUCCCGAUAUAAGAAGGCAGUAUACAGAGAAUACACCGACGACACCUUCAAAACACGCAAGGAACGCCAGCCUGCCGAACAGCACCUGGAAAUUCUGGGUCCGAUCAUAAAAGCAGAAGUCGGGGAGCGAAUACUAAUUACCUUCAAAAACAAAGCCAGCCGGCCGUACUCGAUCCACGCGCAUGGUGUGAAGGCCAGUGUUAUGCACGCCCCUGUGCAACCAGGCAACAUGACCGAGGUGAUAUGGGAUGUUGCUGAGAGCUCGGGUCCCGGCGUCUCAGAUCCUAACUGCAUUUCCUUCGUCUACUACUCCGCAGUGCACGUCAUCAGGGACCUGUUUAGUGGUCUUCUGGGACCGCUGGUGGUCUGCCGGCCCGGGACCCUGCAUGGCGAUCAGGGUUCUGAGAGAACCAGGAGCGACGUGGAUAAGGAGUUUGCUCUGCUGUUCCUGGUGUUUGAUGAGAAUUGGUCCUGGUAUUUAGAGGACAACAUCCAGACGUACAUAAAGGUGGAUCCCGAGAGUUUCACGCCAGACGAAGACUUUAAGGAGAGCAACCUGAUGCAUGCAAUAAAUGGUAAACUGUAUGGUAACCUCCGUGGUCUGGAGAUGACACAGGGCCAGAAGGUAGACUGGUAUCUACUGGGAAUGGGCAAUGAAGUGGACAUCCACACAGUUCACUUCCACGCCGAAAGCUUCAUCUACAAGACGGACCGGGUGCAUCGAGCCGAUGUGUUUGACCUCUUCCCCGGAACGUUCCAGACAGUAGAAAUGGUGGUAGGGAAUCCUGGGACUUGGCUGCUCCACUGUCAUGUCGCAGACCACAUCCACGGUGGCAUGGAGACUACUUUCACCAUCAGAGAGCCGGCAUCACAUGUCUCUCCGUCAUUAGCACCAGGGUUGGAAGGCUGCACGGCCAAACUGCUGCUCUCCGUGACACUCGGACUUCUUGUGUCGGGAGUUUUGCACUAGCGGAGUGACCGGCAGUGGACAGACCGACUGCACUAGUUAGACAUCCAGGGACUGUAUCACUGUUCUGUAUAUGUGCAAACCCAGAUAGCAUCCGCACAUGGGCCACUUCAGGCAAUGAUGCAGCACUGACGGCCUUCUUCUGGCCCUGACAAAAUGGACGUGAACCUGAAGUGGCCCACGUGUAUAAUAGCAAAUAUGGCCCAAAUAUACCAAAUCAAAUGUGGAACUUUUUUGGUAAAGGUGUAAUCUGGAUGUGGCCUGUGUGGUAAAUGGUGAAUACGGCCCAAAUAUCACAAAACAAAUAUGGGCCACCUUUGGCAAAUAUGUGGCACAUGCAGUCUUGCUAUGGCUUGGUUCUGGCCCAGAUCUGGCAAACAGGAGCGGACCGCCCAAGUGCCAUCAUUCCACACGGUAUGUGGGCCGGAUGAAAAGUGUGGGUGUGGGACGGGUCCGGGCCACAGUAAUUUUGCUAUCUGGGUAUGUGUGUCAAUGUUAUGCAAUGUAAUCCAUCAGAUAUGUGGGCACAAUCAUGUAUACAAUCAAAAGCUGUUUUCUUUCUCUUUCUUUUCUUUUUUUUUUUAAACUAAUUUGAAACUUUUCUAUGGCGUUGGAUUGUUUAUAUGGUGUUUCAGUUUUCGGGGUAUAUUGCACUGUAUUUUGACUGAAAUAUGCAAAGUUGAACUGUACCAAAUAUGAAUGAUUUUUGAAUUGUGAAUAAAAACUAUCAAGUUUC